ACCCUGCAUUGAAACCAAAAGUAGCCGUUACACCAAAGAGCCUCCCUCUCCACACAAAACAAAAACUCCCUAUUUCCCCUUCGUUUCAUUCCAAUUCGUAUUCAUUCACCAAUCCAAUUUCAUUUCCGGCGAGAAUCCAACACUGGCGGCGGCGGCGGAAGAAGUAACAAUGAUUCACCAGAAAGGUGAGAAUCUGAACCCUAACGUGAGAAGUCCUCACGGUAGCAGCGAAGUUCCAAAACCCUCACACUCCCCUGCUACUGUGAAGCCUUCAAUUGUUGUCGUUUCGCCUCAGAGGAGGAUCCGGCAGCGGAAAUUCGUGGUGGCGAAGAAGAAGAACAACAAACCGGAUUCAGCCGCGGCGGCGGUUACGUGUGACAAGUGCGUUUGUGUGGCGUAUCAGAAUCUUAGGGUUUCGCAGGAGGAGUUUUUCAGAGGGAAGAAUUGCGAUGAAAUUGAAGGUGGAGAAGUAGAAGAGGAAGCUGAGGUUGCGCUUGAAGAGGAAAUUGAAGCGAAAUUGAUGAUCCAUGACCUUGAAUUUGAUGAAAGGAAAACAGUGGAUGAUGAUGAAGAAGAGGGGUGUGCAUUGGAGGGUAGUGCUAUGGUCAAACGUACGAGGGAGAGGGUUAUGGAAGAGGCGAGGAAUAGUGGUCCAGAAAAUGGGUCUGGGAGGGUGAUGCAUUUGGUGAAGGCGUUUGAGAAGCUUCUCUCUAUAAGGAAGCAAGGUUGUGAUGAAGAGAAUGGUGAAAAGAGCAAGGUGAUGAAAUGGGCAUUGCCAGGAAUGCAAUUGCCACAGGUUCCUGAUAAGGCACCUGAAGAAACAACUGAGGUUUCUGGUUCAGGUCCUGAGUCGUUUUGCUGCCCAUCUGAGUUGGUUUUGACAUCCCAGAACCUUGGCUUGGAUAAUAGGAUUUCAGUUUCUUCUUCUUUGGAGAGUGGUCGUGGAAGUGUAUCUAGCAGGACUUCAUCUAGGGGUAGAAGAAGCAGGAGAAAUAGCUUGGAAUCAUCAGGGACUGUUGGAGGGAGGAGGUGGAAGAAGAAGCAGCAGCUAAGAGUCACUAGCCAGAAACCAUUCAAACUGAGAACAGAGCAAAGGGGAAAGAUGAAAGAGGAAGAAUUUAUGAAGAAAGUGCAUGAGAUGUUCACACAAGAAGAGAGGCAGAGGGUACCUGUUGCUCAGGGUCUUCCAUGGACAACAGAUGAACCUGAGUGCUUGGUGAAACCUCCAGUUAAAGAAAGCACAAGACCUAUUGACCUGAAGCUUCAUAGUGAUUUGCGCGCAAUUGAUCGUGCAGAAUUUGAUCAUCAGGUGGCAGAAAAAAUGAGCUUACUAGAACUACAGAAAAUGGAAAGGGAAAGACAACAGAAGUUGGAAGAAGAGGAAGAGAUCAGAAGAUUGAGGAAGGAACUGAUUCCAAAAGCACAACCAAUGCCUUAUUUUGAUAGACCUUUUAUUCCAAGGAGGUCAAUGAAGCAUCCAACUAUACCUAGAGAACCCAAGUUUCACAUACCCCAUCAUAAGAAGCUCAAGUGCUACUCGCCAUGGAAUGAAAUGAACCCUUACUCUUCUUCCUACCUCAACUAAGCUUCCAAAGUUCAUUUGCUGAUGUGAAGUGAAGUGAAUGUGGCAUUUUUCAAUUUUGUAUAUGGGGCAACCAAUAUAUAGUUGCAAAUUUUUUUUUUGCCUUGGGUCAAUUAACGGUGCAAUAAUCUCUGUACUGGCAAACGUUACAGAUGGACUUGGACACAUGUGCGGAGGAGGGUAUCUUCUUUUCAUAUAAAUGAAACGAAUUACUUUUCUUU